AUGAGUAGGACUCUGCUGUGGCUGAUGGCCUCUCUGGCCUUUGCCUCUCUGACUUCUCUGGCUGAUGGAGCUCCAUUGAAGGUGAUGUCUGCCCCUAACUUGUUGCGGGUAGGAACAGCAGAAAACAUCUUUGUGGAGUGUCAAGACUGCACCGGGGGAAACAUCCCGGUCCAAAUCAACGUGGUGAACCAUCCAGCCAAAAGCACAACGCUGACAUCCACAUCUGUGACCCUUACCAGUGAAAGAAACUUCCAGGAGCUCGGACAAAUAACGAUCCCUGCUGACAGCUUCAGUAAGGAUCCUACCAUGAAGCAGUAUGUCUACCUGCAAGCUCAGUUCCCUGACCACCUGCUGGAGAAAGUCGUCUUAGUGUCCUUCCAGUCCGGGUACAUCUUCAUCCAGACUGACAAGACCCUCUACACCCCCAACAGCAAAGUUCAUUACAGGAUGUUUGCAGUGACGCCCAGUAUGGAGCCUGUAGAGAGGGAUGCUGAAACUCAAACUGAUGCUUCUAUUGCCAUCAAGAUUGUGACCCCUGAGGACAUCAUUUUACCAUUGGAUCCAGUCCCUUUGAUAUCAGGGAUCCACUCUGGAGUUUACCAACUUGCUGAAAUUGUCAGUACCGGACUGUGGAAAGUGGUGGCGAAGUUCCCCAGCAACCCACAGCAGAGCUAUUCUGCAGAGUUCGAGGUCAAAGAAUAUGUGCUGCCCAGUUUUGAAGUUAAACUGACGUCUGAAAGUUCCUUCUUCUACGUGGACUGUCCAGAGUUCACCGUCAACAUCAAAGCUACGUAUCUGUUUGGUCAAGCGGUGGAUGGGACGGCCUACGUGGUGUUUGGGGUUAUGCAAGAUGGUCAGAAGAAGAGCUUUCCAACUUCUUUUCAGAGAGUUGAGAUAGAGAAGGGUUAUGGAGAGGUGACACUGAACAGAGAGCACAUCACACAGACUUACCGAGACAUCUCUGAUCUGGUGGGGAGCUUCAUGUAUGUAGCUAUCAGUGUGCUGACGGAGAGUGGUAAGAAAGAUACUGUUGAAGUUGUGAAUCCUGACGGCACUCCGGCAGAGCGUGUUGCAGUGGUGGUCGACCCCGGCCAGGUGGAAGGCAUUACCACAACCAAUGGCAUGGCAAAGCUGUCAAUACAGUGGCGACGGACGGACGACGGAGACUGA